AUGGUCAGCCAGCUGGUUUGGAAGCGGGCUUCUGCCUCUCGUGGGCUGGCACGGCUGUCCCCGCAACGGCUCUUCGCCCGUGGCCUGGCCACCGAGGCCUCCUCCUCCCGCAUGCCCCCCUACCCUAAGCUUGUCCGCAAUCUGGAACAGGUCCGCCGAGUUUUGGGCUCCGACCGCGCUCUCACUCUUGCCGAGAAGAUUCUCUAUUCCCAUUUGGACAACGCCGAGGAGUCAUUGCUCACCGGCACCAACAAUGGCCGUGAUGUUCGAGGCAAGGCCAACUUGAAGCUCAAGCCUGACCGUGUCGCCAUGCAGGAUGCCUCCGCCCAGAUGGCUCUGCUUCAAUUCAUGUCCUGCGGUCUUCCCUCGACUGCUGUCCCGGCCAGUAUCCACUGCGACCACAUGAUUGUCGGUGAACGCGGUGCCGAUACCGAUUUGCCUGCUUCGAUCAAGGGUAACAGCGAGGUCUUCGACUUUUUGGAAAGUGCUGCCAAGCGCUACGGUAUCGAGUUCUGGCCCCCCGGUGCCGGAAUUAUCCACCAGAGUGUCUUGGAGAACUACGCCGCCCCCGGAUUGAUGAUGCUCGGUACUGACAGCCACACUCCCAACGGCGGUGGUCUGGGUGCUAUUGCCAUUGGUGUGGGCGGUGCUGAUGCCGUCGAUGCUCUGGUGGAUGCCCCUUGGGAGUUGAAGGCCCCCAAGAUCCUUGGUGUUCGCCUCGAAGGCCAGCUCAGCGGUUGGGCUUCUCCUAAGGACAUUAUUAUGUCCCUGGCAGGAAAGCUGACUGUCCGUGGUGGUACCGGCUACGUGAUUGAAUACCACGGUCCGGGUGUCGAGACUCUCAGCUGUACUGGUAUGGCUACUUGCUGUAACAUGGGUGCUGAGGUCGGUGCUACUACCUCGCUCUUCCCCUUCUCGCCUAGCAUGAUUCCUUACCUGCAGUCCACCCACCGCGGCCACGUCGCGGAGGCUGCUGCUGAAGUGGCUGCGGCGGGUCCAUCCAGUCUGCUGCGCGCCGAUACCAAGGCCGAGUACGACCAAGUGGUCACCAUCAACCUGUCCGAGCUCGAGCCCCACAUUAACGGACCCUUCACCCCCGAUCUGUCGGUUCCGCUCUCCAAGUUUGCCGACACUGUCCGCGAGAAGAAGUGGCCCGAGACCUUCGGUGCUGGUCUUAUUGGUAGCUGUACCAACUCUUCUUACGAAGACAUGACCCGCGCCGAGAACCUGGUCAAGCAGGCCACCGCGGCCGGCUUGAAGCCCAAGGCGGACUUCUUCAUUACCCCCGGUAGUGAACAGAUUCGCGCCACCCUUGACCGCGAUCAGACCCUGAACACUUUCUCCCAGGCCGGUGGUGUUGUCCUUGCCAAUGCCUGCGGUCCCUGCAUCGGUCAAUGGAAGCGAACAGAUGAUGUCGCCAAGGGCGAAGACAACGCUAUCUUCACCUCUUACAACCGUAACUUCCCUGGACGUAACGACGGCAACCGCCAGACAAUGAACUUCCUCGCCUCGCCCGAGCUUGUCACCGCUCUUGCCUACUCUGGUACCACCACCUUCAACCCGAUGACCGACUCUAUCACCGCACCCGACGGCUCAUCCUUCAAGUUCGAGGCCCCCACCGGAUUCGAUCUUCCCAGCGCUGGCUUCGAAGAGGGAAACCCUAACUUCCUUCCCACCGCCGCCAUUCCCGAUGCCAGCUCCGAGGGCGAUCUCUCCGGUCUCCAGGUCCUCUACAAGGUCAAGGGUCAAUGCACAACUGAUACCAUUUCCGCUGCUGGCCCCUGGCUCAAGUACAAGGGCCACCUGCCCAACAUUUCCGCCAAUACUCUCAUUGGUGCCGUCAACGCUGCCACCGGCGAGACCAACGUUGCUUACGACGAGGCCGGCAAGCAGUACGGUAUCCCCGAACUCGCAGAGCACUGGAAGGAGCGCGGAAUCGAAUGGCUCGUCGUUGCCGAGGACAACUACGGUGAGGGCUCUGCCCGCGAACACGCCGCUCUGCAGCCCCGCUACCUCGGCGGCCGCGUGAUUGUUUCCAAGAGUUUCGCUCGUAUCCACGAGACCAACCUGAAGAAGCAGGGAGUUGUCCCUCUCACCUUCGCCAACCGCGAGGACUAUGACCGCAUCGACGCUUGCGACAAGGUUGACACCGUUGGUUUGUACGAUACUUUGCAGGCCGAAGGACAGGGCGAGAUUCAGCUUCGCGUUACCAAGCAGAAGACUGGCGAGUCCUUCCUCGUUCCCGUUCAGCACACCCUGAGCAAGGACCAGAGUGCUUUCAUUCUGGCUGGUAGUGCGCUCAACUUGCUGGCUAAGAAGGCCAACGCGCAAGCGCAAUAA